GUUAAGAUGGGAAACUCUGAGAGUCAAUACAGUCUUCAAGGAUCUAAAAAUCAUAGUAGUUCUUCUACUGGUGCUAAGCAGAAGCCCUGUCCCCUGAAAAUCCGCAGCAUCCACGCAAAAGAUGAAAAGUCUUGCUCUUUGCAUGGGUGGGGACAUGGAAGCAGUGGGACAAAUUACAAGUCUCGAUCCCUGGCCAGGAGCUGCCUUUCUCACUUUAAGAGUAACCAGCCUUAUUCAUCCAGACUCGAUCCACUGGCCAAAGCCUCCAAAGGCAGUUCCCACACAAAGCACAAAGUGAGUGUGUCAGGAAGCUAUUUCCAAGGGAAGAACUCUGCCUUCUUGUCUGAAAAUGGCUUUCAUUAUAUUAGUCAUGAGCCAGCAGAUAACCACAUCACCUCCAGAGACUGCAACGGACACCUUCUGAACUGUUAUGGGAAAAAUGAGAGUCUUGCAUCCACCCCACCAGCUGAAGACAGGAAGAGCCCCAAGGUUCUAAUUAAAACACUAGGGAAACUGGAUGGAUGUCUAAGGGUUGAGUUCCACAACAGCAGCAAUAACAAAGUGCCUACCGAGGACUCCACUGGACCUGUCCAACUUUUGAGAUAUUCCCCUACAUUAGAGUCUGAAACUUCCAAUCUAACUGAAAUCAGAAGAAAUUCUAGCACCGAUUAUUCCACCAGCCAUUGCCUUUCUCCUGCUGAUUCCCGGCUCAGAUCUAGCAAAGGCAGCUCUUUUAGCUCCGAGUCUUCCUGGUAUGACUCUCCUUGGGGAAAUGCUGGAGACAUCAAUGAGCUGGAGGGACCCUACCUGACCAGAAGCACUCCAGAUACCAGCAUCCACUCCAGUUUUCCAUCAGAUGAUGCCAAAAAGCCUUUCAACCAAAGUUCAUCUCUUUCUUCCCUCCGGGAACUAUACAAAGAUGCCACCUUAGAACGUCUUCCACCCUCAGGCAUUAGACUCUCUGAUGAAUACAUUGGCACACAUGCCAGUUUAAAUAGUAGAGUUUCAUUUGUGUCAGACAUUGAUGUGCCCUCAAGGGCAGAGCAGAGAGGCCCUGUACAGUACUGUUCUUAUACCCUUCCCUGUCGGAAGUCCAAACCCUUAACAGAAGAUACUUCCAAAAAGGACACAUUAAAAACUAGAAUGAGGCGAAUCAGUGAUUGGACAGGAAGUCUCUCAAGAAAAAAAAGGAAACUCCAGGAGCCCAAAUCCAAGGAUGGAUAUGACCAUUUGGAAAACCGAACGAAUGGUCUGAGUGCAGAAGUGCUGGUCCCGCCACAUUUGUCUAGUUUACUGUGGUCAGGUGGAUCUGGCCAGACCCUACCUCAAAGGAGUGAGUCUACGAAUGCAAUUAGCAGCGAUCCCUUGCGACAGAACAUCUAUGAAAAUUUCAUGCGGGAGUUGGAGAUGAGUAGGACUCAUGUGGAUAACACAGAAACAUCUACAGAGACUGCAGAUUCUAGUAGUGACUCACUGAGCUCCUUAGAGCAACUGGACCUGCUCUUUGAGAAGGAACAAGGAGUGGUCCGGAAAGCAGGGUGGCUCUUUUUCAAGCCUCUGGUCACUCUUCAGAAAGAGAAGAAGCUGGAGCUUGUGGCGCGGAGGAAAUGGAAACAAUACUGGGUCACUCUUAAAGGCUGUACCCUGCUGUUCUAUGAGACAUAUGGGAGAAAUUCCAUGGAUCAAAGUAGUUCACCUAGAUGUGCUCUGUUUGCGGAAGAUAGCGUAGUACAAUCUGUCCCUGAACAUCCCAAGAAGGAAAAUGUCUUCUGCCUCAGUAACUCCUUUGGAGAUGUCUACCUUUUUCAGGCCACUAGCCAGACUGACCUGGAAAACUGGGUGACUGCCAUCCAUUCUGCUUGUGCUUCUCUUUUUGCAAAGAAGCAUGGGAAAGAAGACACGGUCCGGUUGUUGAAGAAUCAGACCAAAAACCUACUCCAAAAGAUUGACAUGGACAGCAAGAUGAAAAAAAUGGCUGAAUUGCAGCUCUCUGUGGUUAGUGACCCCAAGAACAGAAAAGCCAUAGAAAAUCAGAUCCAGCAGUGGGAGCAGAAUCUAGAAAAAUUUCACAUGGAUCUCUUCAGGAUGCGCUGCUAUUUGGCCAGUCUACAAGGUGGAGAGUUACCAAAUCCCAAGAGUCUCCUUGCUGCCACAAGUCGUCCUUCUAAACUGGCACUGGGCAGAUUAGGCAUCUUAUCAGUUUCUUCCUUCCAUGCUUUGAUAUGUUCAAGAGAUGAAUCAGCUCUGCGGAAACGAACAUUAUCAUUGACACAGCAAGGUCAAAGUAAGAAGGGAUUGUUUUCAUCACUGAAAGGACUGGAUACUUUGGCAAGAAAAGGGAAAGACAAAAGGCCAUCCAUAACUCAGAUUUUUGAUUCAAGUGGCAAUCAUGGAUUUCCCGGAACUCAGCUGCCUCAGAGCUCCAAUAAUUCCAGUGAGAUGAAGCAACUAGACCCCAGCUACUAUGGCCUACAACUUAGAAGAUUGGUUGAUGAAAACUUGGAGUAUUCCAUUCCAGCUCUUUAUGAAUACAUGCAAGAACAGGUUUAUGAUGAAAUAGAAAUCUUCCCUCUAAGUAUUUAUCAUGUACUUCUUACUAAGACUGGGAAUAUAACUGAUUUUGGGUUUGCAGUUACAGCUCAAGUUGAUGAACAGCAGCACCUCAGCCAAAUAUUUAUAAGUGAUGUUCUCCCUGAUGGCCUGGCAUAUGGGGAAGGGUUGAGAACAGGCAAUGAGAUCUUGACUAUAAAUGGGGAAGUCAUUUCUGACCUUGACCUUAGGCAGAUGGAGUCAUUAUUUUCUGAGAGAAGUGUGAGGCUCACCCUGAAAACCAAUCCUCCAGAUACGAAGCGAACCCUGGGCACCUCCUGGUCAGACAGCGACCUUUCCAGGGACCAGAAAAACCUGCUCCCUCCUCCUAACCAAUCACAGCUUUUGGAAGAGUUUUUGGAUAAUCUUAAAAAGAACACAGCUAAUGAUUUCAGCAAUGUUCCUGAUGUUACAGCUGGUUUGAAAAGAAGCCAAACUGAUGGUACCUUGGACCAAGUUCCCCACAGGGAGAAAACUGAACAUACAUUCCGGAGUGCUGAACAAAUUGCUGCACUGUGUAGGAGCUUUAACGAGGUUCAGCCAAGCACAGAUAGCAUGGAAGGACCCAAAGAGGCACAGGAGCCACCCCCAAGGCCAUUGGCUCGACACCUCUCUGAUGCAGAUCGACUGAGAAAAGUUAUCCAGGAGCUCAUGGACACAGAGAAGUCCUAUGUCAAGGAUCUGACCUGCCUUUUUGAAUUAUACUUAGAACCACUUCAGAAUGAGACGUUUCUUACCCAAGAUGAGAUGGAGUCUCUUUUUGGAAGUCUGCCAGAAAUGCUGGAGUUUCAAAAGGUGUUUUUGGAAACCCUUGAAGAUGGCAUUUCUUCAUCCUCUGACUUUAACAUACUUGAAACUCCCUCCCAGUUCAGAAAAUUACUCUUCUCCCUUGGAGGCUCCUUUCUUUAUUAUGCAGACCACUUUAAAUUGUACAGUGGAUUUUGUGCCAAUCAUAUCAAAGUACAAAAAGUUCUAGAGAGAGCGAAAACAGAUAAAGCAUUUAAGGCAUUCUUGGAUGCUCGAAACCCUACCAAGCAACAUGCCUCCACCUUGGAGUCAUACCUCAUCAAGCCUGUUCAGAGAGUUCUGAAGUACCCUCUGUUGCUCAAAGAGCUGGUGUCGUUGACAGACAAUGAAAGUGAGGAACACUAUCACCUGACAGAAGCACUAAAGGCAAUGGAAAAGGUAGCAAGUCAUAUCAAUGAAAUGCAGAAAAUCUAUGAAGAUUAUGGCACUGUGUUUGAUCAGCUUGUCGCAGAGCAGAGUGGGACAGAGAAGGAGGUUACAGAACUUUCCAUGGGAGAGCUCCUGCUUCACUCCACAGUUUCCUGGCUGAAUCCCUUUCUGUCCUUAGGCAAAGCAAGGAAGGAUCUCGAGCUGACAGUGUUUGUUUUUAAGAGAGCCGUCAUACUGGUUUACAAAGAAAACUGCAAACUGAAGAAGAAAUUGCCUUCCAGUUCCCGACCUACACACGUUCACGGUGACUUGGACCCCUUCAAAUUCCGGUGGUUAAUUCCUUUAUCUGCUCUUCAAGUCAGACUGGGAAAUGCAGCAGGAACAGAAAAUAAUUCUAUCUGGGAGCUGAUCCACACCAAGUCAGAGAUAGAAGGGCGGCCGGAGACAACCUUUCAAUUAUGUUGCAGUGACUGUGAAAGUAAAACCAACAUUGUGAAGGUGAUCCGUUCCAUCCUGAGGGAGAAUUUCAGACGUCACAUAAAGAGUGAAUUGCCACUAGAGAAGACGUGUAAAGAUCGCUUGAUACCACUCAAAAAUCGGGUUCCUGUUUCGGCCAAAUUAGCUUCAUCAAGAUCUUUAAGGGUACUAAAGAAUUCUCCCAGCAACGAGUGGAACAGUGAUACUGGAAAAGGAAACUUACUGGAUUCUGAUGAAUGUAGCCUGAGUAGUAGUACGCAGAGCAGUGGUUGUCACACUACAGAAAGUCGACAGGAAUCCAAGGAUUCGUCACCUGAGAAGUACCCACAGACAUGUUCAUCUGACUUUUCAGACAGUCUUAUUAAAGAGUCUGAUAUUUUGAGUGAUGAAGAGGAUGAUUUUCAUCAAACUCUGAAAAAAGGCAGCCCUACAAAAGACAUUGAAAUUCAGUUCCAAAGGCUGAAGAUCUCCGAGGACCCCGAGGGUGAUAGCACGGCCGAUCAACCGCCCAGAACAGAGGUUGGAAACAAUCUGAACAGUGUAGCGCAUCCAAAGCUGGUGCGUGGACAUUUCUGCCCCAUUAAGCGGAAAGCAAACAGUACCAAAAGGGAUAGGGGGACUUUAUUAACACUGCAAGCCCGCCAUCAGUCUCUUGACAGUAAAUCUGAAAAUGCUAACAUUGAUUUAAAUUCCCUACUAGAGAGGGAAUUCAGUGUCCAGAGUUUAACAUCUGUCGUUAAUGAGGAGUGCUUUUAUGAGACAGACAGCCAUGGAAAAUCAUAGCGCUGACUCUCAAAUUUCGAUCCACAUAUGGUUUCAGUGGCUCAUUUUGCUUUUCAGCUAAUGGUAAAGUGGAAAUUGCCAGAAAACUACUAACUUUGGUUUUGUGCACUAUUUUUCCCCACAAAAGAAUAGUUGUAAAGGUUUAAGUUAUUUUAAUUUAUUGUAUAUCAGAAAAGUAGAUUAAGCUGGUCAGAAUCUGUAAAUUACUUAGUUUAUAUCCUUUUUUGAGCAGGUAUCAAAAUUAUUUGGUGUCUUUUAAAGUAAAAUUGCAUUUUAAUUAUUUUAAGUUAUGUGAAAAAAGUAAGGUGGGAAAUUUGUGAUUAAUUGCUUUUUAAAAGGUCAACUUUUUUAAUCCUCUGGGCAUUUUCUUUCAGCUGUUUAUCUUUGCUUAAUUAUGCUUCAAAGUUAUUUUUAAAUGUGGUUUAGGGGCACAAUGUGCAAGAAUUUCAUUUUUGUAAGGUUAUAAGAGAUGCUGUUUAUAAUAAACAUAUAUUAUAUAU